AUGGAAAUAACGGUAAAUUAACUCUUGUUAUAUAAACGUAUUUAUGAUACUUUUAAAGUGUCAUCUUUGACGUCAAUAAAAAUUGAAAUUAAAAUUUCAAAUUCUAAAGACCUGGAACAUUUUCACCUAUUGUAAAAUAUAUCAUAGAUGAUAAAUGUGUUUAAAUGUAUGACAGGACUACUUGUAUUAUUUGUGAUAUGCUUUGAAAAUAUUCGAACAUUUCAUAGGAGUAUAGACAUUCAUUCUUCCCAAAAAUAUUUUUACAUUAUCUUGAAGGAGAUUUGUCUCUCGAAGGUUUUGCAAAUUCAAACAUCUUCAUGGACACUGAAAAAUUCUUUUCGUAACUACCUUGAAGAUUGAACUCUCCCCUUUGCAACCUUCCCUUAAAACUUGUUGUACCAUUUUUAUUCAUAAAGUUGCAAGAAUCUAAAAAAAUAUCAACUCCCAGGUGUAUCUCGUGUAAAGCGUAUCAUUAUCAUUACAUGAAAUAUUUCAUUCGUGGAAGUAUUGAAAUUUCAAUUCGAUAUUGAAAAUCAUUUGAUUGAAGGAAUCAUUUAAUUAAAGGCUUGUUUCAAUUUGUUCCAGGGUCUUGGCAUAAUAUCCAUGGCAUGCGCCUCACCAGCAUUGGUAAGUGGGACUCAUUGGUUCCUAUUUGUCGCUGUAACAGCUUUCAUUGCCACUCUGGUGUGGUGUUUCAUAUAUCUGUUGUCGAUUCGAGAGGCGCUUAAGUUACCUAUCAACUGGAUUUCAUCGGAAUUCAUAAAUACAGGGAUAUUCACCUUCCUUUACCUGAUUGCCUUUAUAGUCCAGUUAUCUGUUUGGAGUUCGUAUACAGGUUCACCUGUCUCAAGGAAUAUUGCCGCAGGGACCUUUGGAAUCUUCAACACGAUAGCGUACGCUGCCGGGACGUAUUUCCUCUACCUCGAGUACAAAAGCAGCAACACGCAGUGAAAAGAAAGCAGAGGGUACUCGUAGAGACGCCAAGGUACCUGAAGAGCACCUACGACGAAGCUACUACACUCCAAGUUUUCCGCGGUCGUUCGUUCUACGAGCAACAGAGUUCGUAGAGAGACAAAAGGGUCGAAGCUAGUCCAACCAGGCCCUUGUCUAUUUCACGUGUGUAGUAGCUUAACGAGAGACUCUGUAAUAUACAUACGUGCCUUAAAAAUAUCGAUCGAAGUGGCCGAUCGCAAUGCAAGAUCGGCGGAUGUUUGCGGAUAUUACGGUUUUCUGGGAUCAUGCUCGCUGAGAAUCAAUCGGAGAACAAAAGCGAAUAGUAGUGAACAGAUUGAUAUUGAACCGAAACUACUCGAUACUGAUGCACAAAUUACAAUAUUUUGCUGUGUAUUGUUUAAAAUGUAGAUACGUUUGAUGUUUUUGAUACUCGCUUCAUACUUGUAUGAAUGUAUCGAUAAUCAUUGACAUGUACGAAGGUAAAAGCAAUUAAUUUAAUCAAUUGCAAAGUGUAAUGACUCCUUUCAGUAGUAUGAAAGUCUAUAUGUGUCUGCAGAUUUCAAAUAUUUCAAGAAACUUUCAACAUUGUGUAGAUGCUUUGAAACAACUGUAUUUAAAAAAUAUUUGAAAUUUGAUGUACACUACCGUCACUGGCUCUAUUAUCUACAAUUUAAAAGAUAUAAUAUUUAAUAUUAUAGAUAUAAAUUAUUGAACAAAUAUACAUCAACAGAAGUAUCAUAUUUAUAUCACAUUUUACACAGUCAAAAACAUUGAAAUCCUCCAAGUAUAAAAUAUUAUUCUAUUAAAUACAAAAUCAUUUACACGAAAGGUUUCAAUGCUUUUGAAUACCUUCAAUUACUUUUGAGCAACAUUUCGAGGUGAUACUUUUCGACUUGAUAUCGAUCCAAGAUGUGACAGCAUGAAUAUCUUAAUUUAAAAUUUCAAUAACAUCUUAUUCUUCUUUCCAUUCGAAUAUAUUUAUUCGAAUUGAUGGAAUAUCAUCAGUAACAUCGGUAUUUGUCUGAUCACUAUAAUUCACCGCAGGACGGGUUAUUGCGCCGAAGAGAUGUCAACGAUUCCUCAAGGUUUCUGUUUCGACGAGAUUUCGUGGAUUCUCUUCGUUAUGCAGUUCAACUUUCUUCACUGUACAAACUUCAGAUAUACAUACAUACAUACAUGUUAAAUAAGGAAGAUGUUAGCAGACGUUAAUUAAAAGUAAACUGUGCUUCGGAAUCGAUGGAAUCCAUAUUGGAUGUCGAUCGUUUGUUUUUGGGCUCUAUGCAAUUGAAUUGUUAUAUUUUGAUCGUUAAUGUACCUUACGCGGCACUUCCCGUCCACAAUUUUCUAACCGUAUCUGUCUCACAUUACCCGCGAUACUUUUUAUUUAUAUCGAUACACGCAUUAGGUACUAUCGGACCGCGGAUUUUUAUGCAAAUUCGUAUUUUUUCAAAGAUAAUCGAAAAAAAUGGGAUCUAGACAUAGAGUUUGUUUCAGCUAUUAAAUAUUACAAUAAUUAUUGUAUUUUCGAUGUUUUAUAUAUUUUUUGUGCAUUCUACGUUUUCUUGUAGCCUCGGACGGUGAAUGGUAAAUUCGUUUGAAUGCAAUCGUCUUUGCUUUGUUAAUUUUUUUAUAACAAAUUUACGAUCUGUUACCAUAGUCACUUGUCAUUUUACAGUGUUCUGUUUGAAUUUAAUCGAAGCUUGGUAAUCAAAAUUUCAAGGAAAAGUCGCUUUCUUCAUACCAGAUUUCAUACCUUCUUUUAGUUGAAAGCUUGUUGAAACGAAUAAUUCGUUUUAUAAUUCGAAGAAUUUUCUUUCUCUUUCUUUGUGACUCAAGCUAGUGAAAUUAAACUGUUGUAUUAUAUAUACAAUUCCUUGGCAAUAUUAAAGUGAAAAAUUAAAUUAAUUAUUACGGAGAUCAAGCGGACUCUGUGUUUUAACCACAAGUUCAAACAAAUUUCCCGCAAUUGCAUGAAAGUCCGCAGUCUAGUUAUUAUACGUU